CGUGCCCUCGUGGAAUUUAGAACGUUGUCGCAGCCAAUGGGGCCUCGCGGCCAGCUGCCGGCGCUUCUCAUUGGAGGAGCGGGGAGGCCAGCGAGUAAAGGGCCCCCCGAGGGAGCAGUGGAGGUGCAGGUCGGAGAGGCCGUGCCCCGCGCGUGAGCAGCAGCAGCGGCGGCAACAUCCAGCGGCGGCACCAGCAGUUCCAGCCCGUUGCUUUACUUUUUAGCUGCACGAACAUAGUCAUUAUGCCGAAGAGAAAGUCUCCAGAGAAUACAGAGGGCAAGGAUGGAUCCAAAAUAACUAAACAGGAGCCCACAAGACGGUCUGCCAGGUUGUCAGCGAAACCUGCUCCACCAAAACCUGAACCUAAAGCAAGAAAAGCAUCUGCUAAGAAAGAACCUGGAACAAAGAUUAACAAAGGUGCUAAAGGGAAGAAGGAGGAGAAGCAGGAAGCUGGAAAGGAAGGUACUGCACCAUCUGAAAAUGGUGAAACUAAAGUUGAAGAGAUCCACAUCUCUCGCUCAACUGUUAGUGUCUCAGCCUCCAGAGGUACCCCACCCAGCACACUGUCAGUAAAGGGGCAGAUUGAAACAGUGAGAGUACAGAAAACUGAAUCUGUAGAUAACGAGGGAGAAUGAAUUGUCAUGAAAACUUGGGGUUGAUUUUAUGUACCUCUUGGGACAACUUUUAAAAGCUAUUUUUACCAAGUUUUUGUAAAUGCUAAUUUUUUAGAACUCAACUAGUUGGCAUACAAAAAUAUAUAAGGAUGGACAUUUUACCUUCUUAUAAUACAUCUUUUUGGAGAUUUCCAUCAUCCUCAAGUCAAAUAAAUUUAACAUUGGAAGCUGUGUGUAAAAUUGAUUCAGCAUUCCAUGCAUUCGCUUUAAAAAUGUAGUCCUGUGCAUACUGUGGUGUUUUUACUGUGCAUAUUUGAAUUUUUCAUGCAGUUUUUCUAGAGCAAUAAUCAGUGGUGCUUUUGUACCUAGGUUUAUGUGAUUUUAAUGAAACAUGGAUAGUUGUGGCCACCUGCUGACUAUUUGUGGUUUAAAAUAAAAAGGUGUUCUUGCCUGCAAAAUACCUGCUUCUUAGUGUUUUCACUAAAUUUAGGCAGUGUUUCAUUUUUGCAGAAGAUGUACAGAGUUUCUGCAGUCUGUGCCCUGAGGGCAUCUCUAAUAAGUCAAGUAGAAUUGUUUCUUAAUUUUCUGGC